UGUGAAGCAUGUUUUUUGAUUACGCUUUCGCUUAAGCCCCGGCGCUUUGAAAAAAAAAUAAAUAGAAUAGUAAUUCACUAUCCGCUUGACGUUGAAAUUAGUGCGAUUUUCUGUUUGUUGGUUUGCUAAUUCCAAUCCAAAAUGUUAGAUGUACGACCAAACAACAGCAUUUAUAUAAAUAAUUUAAACGAGAAAAUAAAGAAAGAGGAGCUCAAGAAGUCGCUUUAUGCAAUAUUUUCACAGUUUGGACAAAUCGUAGACGUAGUUGCGUUAAAGACGAUGAAAAUGCGGGGUCAAGCUUUUGUGGCGUUUAAGGACAUCAACAGCGCGACGAAUGCUCUUCGUUCCAUGCAGGGAUUCCCGUUCUAUGAUAAGCCAAUGAGGAUUCAGUACGCGAAGUCGGACUCGAACGUCAUCGCCAAGGCCAAGGGGACUUUCGUCGAACGUUCCAAUCAGAGUAAAGUCGGUGCCGAUGGAACCGAAUCCAAGAAACAGAAGCGGAAGGGAAAAGAUCAAAAGGGAGUCAACCAGGCUCUGCAGUCGGGCCUAUUGCCUGGCUCCGUUGCCCACAACUUGGUUUCCAACACUCGCACUUCUCAUAUUAGUGCUCCUUCUCAACUGGCAGCCCAUGCGAUGGAACAGCCUCCCAACCAGAUCCUCUUCUUGACCAACUUGCCUGCCGAAACUAGCGACAUGAUGUUGUCCAUGUUGUUCAACCAAUUUCCAGGGUUCAAAGAAGUUCGUCUGGUGCCCGGAAGACACGAUAUCGCUUUCGUCGAAUUCGACAACGAAGUCCUGAGCUCUGCGGCCAAAGAUGCGCUCCAAGGCUUCAAGAUCACUCCCACCAAUGCCAUGAAAAUUACUUUCGCCAAGAAGUAGUAAAAGCACGAAGAGAAAAAAAAAAGUAUUUUCAGAAACUUUUCAUUGUGACGUUUGAGCUGAAACAUGCUCUGAAUUUUUGUACAGAAUUUUGUGUUUGUAUGCUUUGAAAGAAAUUCCAUUUCUCCCCUCCCCCCCCCCCCCCUUUUUUGUGAAUUUAUAAAUAAAAUUAUGUACAUGACUCCGAGGUGUA